GUUAAAUAGACCACAUACAGAAAAAGCACACGGAACACAAAAAGCUCAAUUCGAAAGCUCGCGUCAGCGCUCGUCUACGCGUACUGAAACCGUUAGCCGAAAGCCUUUUAAUUCAGUCACUCGCAAUAUACGCUGCAUCGAGCGAGGGUGGUGGAAAAUCGUCGGGCAAAGAUAUCGAACAACUUGGCGCUGAGAAAAUCAACCACAACAAAGAAGAACGAGGCAGACCAAGAGUGUCAAACAAACAUCGGCUCUAACCUAACGAAAAUUUCGCUUGUUCAACGAAAAUCCCUCAGAAGCGACGCAUUCAUCUCGUAUACAUCACAAUGUUAUUUAUGUGUCACCAAAUGGCAAUGAAGAAGGAGGCCCAGGAAAAGCUCAAAGCAGAGGAGCUCCGAAAGGCGCAAGCCGCUUCCGAAAUCCCCAUCAUCUGGAUAUUGGGCGGUCCUGGCUGCGGCAAAGGCACUCAGUGUGCUAAAAUUGUGGAAAAAUACGGUUUCACACAUCUGAGCAGUGGCGAUUUAUUGCGCAAUGAGGUGGCUUCAGGAUCGGACAAGGGUCGCCAGCUUCAGGCCGUCAUGAGCAGUGGCGGCUUGGUGUCCAACGACGAGGUCCUUUCGCUUCUGAACGAUGCUAUCAGCCGUGCCAAGGGUAGCUCAAAGGGCUUUCUCAUCGACGGAUAUCCACGGGAGAAGAACCAGGGCGUUGCCUUUGAGGAGCGCAUUGCUCCCGCCGAUCUGGCCUUGUACUUCGAUUGCUCUGAAGACACUAUGCUGAAGCGUAUAAUGGCGCGUGCCGCUGCAGCAGCUGUAAAAAGAGCCGAUGACAAUGAACAAACCAUAAGGGCGCGUCUGCAGACUUUCAAACUGAACACAAGCGCCAUUCUGGAGCUAUACGCAGACAAAACCUUGACAAUCAAUGCCGAGCGUGAUGUUGAUGACAUCUUCCAAGAGGUUGUCCAGGCCAUCGAAUGUGUGCUCAAGAAGAAGGCGAAAGCUGCCGUUCAGUGCUAGUAGGAAGCGCUAUUAUUAAGAAACAGUACCAAAGUUAGCAAUACAGCCAAAAAUUUAUAAGCACUUUUUAACGCUAAACUCGAAGAAAUCUCUUAAAUUGCCCCAAUGAAAGAUAAGCACCAUAUUUACUAUUUUUUAAAUGAAUGUCAUGUUAUCCCAAUAAUCUCAUGCGAGAAAUGGUUGAUCGAAUGCUCUUAAUAAAUUUACACAUACAUUCAAGA